CAGCACUGGCAUCAGCUGCGGGGCGCUGUGUCGCUCACUCUUAUUUCGUCGUUGAAGAUGGCCGCUUGAAAAUUUCGUCAACAUGUGUCCUGCAACGAUGUGCCCGUCUACGAUUGAUACUCUCGCUGCUGCGAAAUCGAUUGGAAUUAUCACAGCAAUCAACGCUGAUUUGAAGUGUCAAAGAGUCUCUUUUGGCUGUUGGAAUCGCGAUUUGACCAAAAAUCCAUCGCGGUGUUGCGAACGGUAUUUCCUGCACGAUCGUCACGCCAGCAAGCGCUGUAAUAUUUCUCAACACAAGGAUUUUAUAAGAACACGAAGAAGUAGAGACAAGUUUCUAAGUUUGCUGAGUUAAGGCAUACUGGGGAUUUCUUGAAUGCGCACGUUAGACUUCUCUAGCACCUCGUGUUCACCAACAUUUUCCUCCUGUGAGAAAUCAUAUAGUCUAUGUAACAUAGAAACACCUUCAAAAGCUAUAAUGGAAAAAUUAUAUUUGGUAAAACGCAUUUUGCGUAAAGAGGAUAAUGAAUCGUCUAUUGAUGAAAAGAAAAGAAGAAGUGUUACUAUCUGGCAUAAUUUUGUCAAUGGAUAUCAUAGAACGAUUGCAUAUUGGCAAAAUAUGAAUAAUUCAUUAUCUGUUACGAUUGUAAAUAAUGAAAUAAUAACUUCUAACAUUUCCACAAAUUCAUCGAAGAAGACAAUGUUAAUUGCCAACAAGUUGUCGUACGAUUUUGGACAAGAGCAAAAUCUUGUACCUGAUCUGUCGCAGAAGUACAAGGAUUAUGUAGACGCCUUGUAUCCUACAAUCAGAUCUAGAAUCAGAAAUUCUCUAAUGAAUCAUCCAAUUUGGCGUUACAAUACUACGCCGACUGAAGAUUUGAAAAAUGAUAUAAACAUUACAAAGAAUUUUGAUGAUGCAUACGAGGAUUAUAAUAUAAUGGAAUCUCCCUUUGCGCUACAUAUUAACAAGACAGAAAAGCCAAAAAUGGAAAAUGAUAUAACUGCUGUUUCUUGUUUCUCGGAUAUUGAUUUACAGCGCAAAAUUGAUAUUGAAGAUGAUAUGUCAGUGGAUGUCGAAUCUUUCCUUUUAGUAUCUCAUUCGGAUGUGCCAGCUAUACCCAUAGAUUUUGUUAGAGAAAAUUCAAUCUCGCGUUUGUCCAACGUUUGCCGAAACGCUUGGCAUAAUUUGACUAGCCGACUUCACUGUAAAAUAAGGAUGUCGACGGAUCCUGGAAUACUCAUAAAGCCUCCAGUGUAUCUUGCGAAGCAACACUAUCGAAAGAGAGUCAACGCUGUAGCACUGCGCCGAGGUCGCGGUAGGGCAAAGAACCAGCUAAGACGUUCUGGGGUAAGCCAAACCGUACGUCGGAUGGAACAUAUGGAAUGCAACAAUGAAGAUUGGCAAAACAUCGCACUAAAUAGCACAGUAUCAAACGAUUACUUGGUAGACAAUAAGCACGGCAAUUUUGAUGACACGGAUGUUAUUGUUCAUAAAUUCACAAGGCAAACCGCAAUGCCUAUGAAAGGAAAACCAAAGAUGUACAAAAGACAGAAAAAGACGAAGUGUGCGACCAGAGUGCGUUACAUAGCUGAUUCUUUCAAGAUGAACACUCACGAUUACCACAAUGAUAAUGAUAGCAAAACGCAUUAUAUGGAAAAUUUAUUUCAAUUGCGAUCAUUGAACUCUGCUGAUUCUGAAGAUGGUUUUAUCAUUUUCGAGACCAGCGAUGAUGAAUCGCUGGAAACACUUGAGAAACAAGGAGCGACAGAAUGCCCUAUCGAAACGCGUUGUGUACCUAAGUCUUCGAAAAAAGUAAACAGUCCCUGUAAGAAUACCAACAAAACCCACAAUGUGGAAGAUUCACUUCGAUUACGUUUAUCAUCGGAGAGUUCCACCGAUUCUGAAAAUAGUUUCAUAGUUUUUCAAGAUGUCGACAACGAAUCAUAUGAUGAGCAGGAAGUAACAGUGCAUCCGAAAAUAUGUUUUAUAUCUAAUAUUUUGACAAAGAUGAGCGACAAGAAAUGCAAAAAUGCUAACAGUCAAAUACAAAAACAUUCAAACCGCAACCGUACAUUGUCGAAUUGUUCUGAAAAUUCCGAGGAUAGUUUCUGUGUAGUUUUUGAUACUGAAGAGAAAAGCAUGGUCGACGAUGACGACUAUGACGACUAUGAAACUGAUGAGACAAGUUCCCAGAAUGGAAAUCAUCUAUUAGAGGAUGAAUCGAUCAGCGAAGAUGAUCUAGACAUCGAAAAAUUAAUAAAGCGAACAAAAAAGGUGAGUUUCGACCCAACUCCAAUCGUACAUGUUAUGGUGACAUGGGAUUAUGCGUAUCGAGCAGCCCGGAAAGGACCAUGGGAGGAAAUAGCACGAGAUAAUGAAAGAUUUAAAGGACGUAUAAAUUCCAUCGCGCUUGUCCUUGAUCCUAUUUUAAAAAAUAAACACCGUUCACGAAUUUUUCAAGAACGAUUUGCUUUAUCGAAAUAGCUAGCCCAAUUAAUAUAUUUUCAAAUAUUGAAGAUGGCUGUGAACAUUAGUAUAAAAAAAUUUCUUUUAAUAUGCGGUUAAAAUUCAUGUGGUAUUCAGUAGACUAUUUUCAAAAUCUUUAUUAAAUAAAAAUAAUUACUGUAAAGUAAUUGAAAUUUCCUGAUCCUUUUCGGAUUGGGAGAAAAAAGAAAAUUUAAUCUGAUUUAAAGCACGAUACUAAUAAAAAAAAAUGAUGAACUUUAUGUGUCAAUUUAAUGUCACGCUCUCUUUUCUGAUGCUAAUACGCCAAUUAUAUAAGAAAAUUAAUUUUAUCUUUGGAUUUUAAAUGUCCAUGUAUCGUGAUAAAGGUGUAUUCAUUUAAAAUAACAUUUAUACUGAAUACCAAUUAUGAAAUGCAUCUCUGAUUAGUCCUUAAUAGAAAAUGUAUUAACUAAAAAACAGUUAUAUAUCUGUCGUUAUCUAAAGAAAGGAAAAAUAUAUGAUGAUUGUAACAUACAG